CCUUCCCAGAAGCAAAAGCGGAAACAAAAGAGUCUCGCCGGCGUCCCCGCCCGCACACUCGCGCACACUCGCGCACACUCGCGCUCGGGCGCCCUAGGAGCAGGCACCGGCGCCCGGAGCGAGCCAGAGAGCGGCGAGCCGGGGAUCCACCCGGCUGAGCCAGCCGAGGAGCCGGCGAGCCGAGCCCGCGACGACCCCACGCCCCCAAGCCCCGCAGCCGCCCCCAGCCGGCCGGUAUCCCCGCCGCCCUCCCUGACCCAUGGCGCUGAAGCGGAUUCAGAAAGAAUUGAGUGAUCUACAGCGCGACCCACCUGCUCACUGUUCGGCUGGACCUGUGGGAGAUGACUUGUUCCACUGGCAAGCAACUAUUAUGGGGCCUCCUGAUAGCGCGUAUCAAGGUGGAGUCUUCUUUCUCACUGUACAUUUUCCGACAGACUAUCCUUUUAAACCACCAAAGAUUGCUUUCACAACAAAAAUUUACCAUCCAAACAUAAACAGUAAUGGAAGUAUUUGUCUUGAUAUCCUGAGGUCACAAUGGUCACCAGCUCUGACUGUAUCAAAAGUUUUAUUGUCCAUAUGUUCUCUGCUUUGUGACCCUAAUCCAGAUGACCCCUUAGUACCAGAUAUUGCACAAAUCUAUAAAUCAGACAAAGAAAAAUACAACAGACACGCAAGAGAAUGGACUCAGAAAUAUGCAAUGUAAAAUCAAAAAAAAUUUCAUAUAUACCAGAGUACUGUAAAAUCUAGGUUUUUUUCAACAUUAGCAGUAAAUCGAGCACUGUUUACUGUUUCAUUGUACCAUGAAAUCCUUUGAUUUUUACCCAUUUUAAAUGUAUUUCUGAAGCAAGACAAAACAAACUUCCAAAAAUAUUCUUGAGACUGUGAUGAGAGCAUUUAUCAUUUUGUAUGCAUUGAGAAAGACAUUUAUUAUGGUUUUUAAGAUACUUGGACAUCUGCAUCUUCAGCUUACAAGAUCUACAAUGCAUCUGAAAAGCAACCAAAUUAUUUUUUGCUGAAACUAGAUGUUUUUACAUGAAAAAUACUGUAUGUGUUGUCUAAGAUGUCGUCAGUUAUAUAAAUCUGUAUUCAGAUUUCAUUCUUUGUUAGCUCACUUUAUAAUUUGUAUUUUUUUACUGUAUAGACUAAAUAUAUUCUAUUUACAUGUAUGUCAACUCGUUACUUUUUUCCUGUGAACAGUAUUGAAAAAACCCAACAGCUGAUAAUGAAAUGAAUUAACUGUCCGUCUCCCUUGUCUUAGGGUAUUCUGUAGAUUGAUUGCAGAUUUCUUAAACCUGAAAUGAUCUUUACACUGUAAUUCUCAGUAUACUGAUUAUGGAGAAACACUUGUUUUGAUUUUGUUAUACUUGACUUAACUUUAUUACAAUGUGAAUUAAUUGCACUGCUAAGUAGGAAGACGUGUAACUUUUAUUUGUUGCUAUUCACAUCUGAAUUUUUUUCUGUAUAGGCAAUAUUAUAUUGACACCUUUUACAGAUCUUAAUGUAGCUUUUUCCAUUUAAAUAAAAUGCUUUUUCUAAUA